GACGUGUCAAAUAUCUGCUGCAUGUAACGUAGUCCGGACGGACACAGUAGGCCAAUUGCCUCAAUGUGCGCCCUGGAUUACAUGUAACGAUGCAACCUCAGUUGAAUGUCUAAAUAUCUGAAAGUGAAGCAGCAGGACGUGAAGACUAUUCUACAUAAACAAAACCUGAACUGAAUGUCUAUCUAAAAAUAAAAACAAAUAAAAACAUAAAUCAUCAAAACUUGAAAACAGACUAUUCUACAUGAACAACACAUGUUGAAUAACUAUCUUCAAAGUAAAGCAGCAUAGCUUGAAGACAAAGAUUGUUAAAAAACCUGAGUUGAAUGUCUACUAGAAAAAAAAUAAUGUAACAGAGCUUGGGGACAAAUACUAUUCAAGAUUAACUAUCUGAGUUGAAUGUCCGACUACCUGAAAGUAAAAGCAGAACCUGAAGACAAAACUUAUUGUAGAACAACUUGCAUUGAAUAUCUGACUGUCUAAAAGUAAAUGAGCGGAACGUGAAGACAAAACUUAUUCUGGAACAACUUGCAUUGAAUGUCUGACUAUCUGAAAGUAAAUGAGCAGAACGUGAAGACAAAACUUAUUUUGGAACAACUUGCAUUGAAUGUCUGACUAUCUGAAAGUAAAUGAGCAGAACGUGAAGACAAAACUUAUUCUGGAACAACUUGAAUUGAAUGUCUGACUAUCUGAAAGUAAAUGAGCAGAACGUGAAGACAAAACUUAUUUUGGAACAACUUGCAUUGAAUGUCUGACUAUCUGAAAGUAAAUGAGCAGAACGUGAAGACAAAACUUAUUCUGGAACAACUUGAAUUGAAUGUCUGACUAUCUGAAAGUAAAUGAGCAGAACGUGAAGACAAAACUUAUUCUGGAACAACUUGAAUUGAAUGUCCGACUAUCUGAAAGUGAAGCAGCAGGACGUGAAGACUAUUCUACAUAAACAACCUGAACUGAAUGUCUAUCUAAAUUUAAAAAAAAAUUAAAACGUAAAUCAUCAAAACUUGAAAACAGACUAUUCGACAUGAACAACACGUGUUGAAUAACUAUCUGCAAAGUAAAGCAGCAUAGCUUGAAGACAAAGACUGUUAAAAAAACCUGAGUUGAAUGUCCAUCAGAAAAAAAAAAUGUAACAGAGCCUGGGGACAGAUACUAUUCAAGAUUAACUAUCUGAGUUGAAUGCCCGACUAUCUGAAAGUAAAUGAGUAGAACUUGAAGACAAAACUUAUUCUGGAACAACUUGAGUUGAAUGUCUUACUAUUUGAAAAGUAAAGCAGCAGAGCAUGCAGGCAACAAUAUUUCAAAAUCUUAGGUAACCGGAAGUCAGUUCACGUGAGUUUUACUUAGGUAACCGAUUGUUCGGUUACAUGAAUACAGUUCUCGUAACCUAUGCGUUAGGCCUGCCUAAUCCUAAAACACUUAAACUACAGUUCUGUGCUACAUUGGUGGUUCGAAUGAAUUUAAGACAACUGAUUUUCUCUUUCAUUACUGAUAUAUGGUACUUUAAAUUUUAGAAUGUAAUAGUUCACCACGUAACCGAUUGGCAGUUCUUGUGAUUUUAAAGUUGCGUAACUGACAUGCAAACAGAACAACAGUUUUCGUGAAAUAUUGUGCCCUGAGCAUGGAGACAAAGACUAUUCUAAGUUAACUAUCGGAGUUGAAUAUCUAACUAUCUGAAAAGAAAAUCUGCAGAGUUUGGGGACGAAGUCUUUCUAGAUUAAAAUAGCUGUUUGAAGAAAAUCAUGAAUCCUGACAGUGGAGGACCACCCGAGUUGACAGAGGCUUCCAAACUGGCGGUUGGCAGUAUAGUAAGAAUUAACAGUGACCAGAGCAGACUAAGAUGUUUACAGAAGGAACACAGGGCAUGGAGUGAUGAAAUGCAACAGGUUGUGGGUAAAGUGGGCCGAGUUACUAAGAUAGAUUCUGACGGUGACCUGGCAGUUCGGUUUGGCAGCAAAACCUUCAGCUUCAACCCCGCGUGCUGUCUUCCUGCCUCGCCGUCGGACCUCAGUUUGGAUCCCGCCUGGCAAGGUCACUCACAAACUCUAGGAGAGAAGGAAGAACCUUUAAAACUUGGUGAUUUUACAGCUUUGUCUGCCUCGAAGACGUCAGGUGUGCAGCUACUGCAGUCGUUACACAGCCUGCCCGCUGAAGUCGUGUACAGUGAGGUUAUUAAGGCAACGGAAGCUGGCGACGUGGAAGCUGUUAAGAAAUUCUUCGAGUCCAAACCGAACCUAGUGAAUGACAUACCUGACAACACUUACAAGUGUCUACACCUCGCGGCAAAGAAUGGGAAGCUGGAGAUUGUGAAAUUUCUCGUGGAAAAAGGCUUUGACAAAGACUCCAGGGAUGGGUCCGGAAACACAACUCUUCUAGUAGCAGCCGACCAAAAGCAUACAGACAUAGUGCAAUUUUUAAUUCAAUCUGGAGCCGACAUAAACAUCUCCAACGACAACGACCGGAGUGUUCUUCACACAGCUGCAAUCAAGGGGCAGACCGCUCUUGUUCAUGAGUUAAUGAUGCGUGCAUGUGACGUCAACGUUAUGGACAGUGCUGGUGAUACUCCUCUCCAUGAUGCGAUAGCUAAAGACGAAACCUCCUGCGCAGAAAUGCUUCUGACGUCACCAGUUAUAGACCUGACUAUUGCCAAUGAGAGAGGAUUCACCCUUAUCCACUGGGCUGCCUUUCACGGCAGAGAAAGGAUUACACAGCGAAUUCUGCAAAGGGACCCAAGUCUCGUCAAUUUGACCAAAGAUGACGGUUUUACCGCUCUGCAUCUUGCAGCUCUGAACAAUCGCCCAGCUAUUUUGCGACUGCUUAUUGCACAGGGUGCUGAUGUUAACUUGAAAACCACCGAUUCAGGACCAGCUGCAAUACAUUUAGCUUGUCAUCACGAUUACGUGGAUUGUAUUGAAGUCCUUGUUUCUGGAGAUGCCGAUAUAAAUUUGGUGGAUGACAACGAGAACACAGCAUUGCAUUUGAUAAUGGGUGAAACAAGAGAUAUCUUCAUGCAUAAAGGAAAAACUGUGAAGGUGGAGAAAAAGCGAAGGGCCAACAUGCAGGUUCGAUCCAAACUUGCUACAUACCUAGUGCAGCAUGGCGCUGAUGUGAAUAUCAAAAACAAGAAAGGACAAACACCUUUUGACCUCUGCAAUUCAAAAAUACUGAAGAAAGCAGUUUCAGCUGCAUUGGAUGGAAGUAGUGUCGACAGCAUACCUAAAGCCACGCCCAUGGACACACUGCUGUGCUGCAAGUGCUUUGAACGUACAGCUGACGUCACGUUGCCAUGUAACCACAAGAUGACGUGUAGCGAAUGCUCUGAGGGUGUGACUUCAUGUCCACUUUGUGGAGAAGCUGUUUCAAAACCUGACAGCGAAGAUGGACAACAAAUUGAGGAAACAUGAGGCUAGAAGUGGAAAUAGAACUACACUAGAAAAACACAUCUUUUGCUGAUUGCUGUUGUUGAUACAGUAUAAUGUACACGGACCUGAGUCACUUUCAGUUGGCCAUUCACACGUUGUUUUCUGAAAUAUAUUCUGUGCAGUUUUGAAGAAUACCGUUGUUGAUAAAACCCAACUUCAUAGUGAAUUACUACUGGAACUUAUUUUCUACUGAGUGUUUGAUACAUCCCUGAUUCUAUUGUUGCGGUGUCAUAUUUACAGUAACAUUAUUUUAGUCAUUAUUGUGCACAUUUUGUUCCACAAACUAUCUAAUCUUUGUUGUUUCUUUAAUUAAAACAAAACCACAUUCAUUAUCAGUAACAACCUACUAAGUAGCAUAUCUACGUUUGUGUGGACAUUCAGAACAUAAAACCAAAAAAACCUGUUUAAAUUAAUUUCAAGACUUUUAAUAGCACUGACUGAUAUCAGCACAUGUUUUAUAUUGUAUGACAGUUCUAUCUUUCUUGAUGUCAGACCAUGUAUAGUUAGUAAACAUAAAGCGUAACAUGUUAAAGAUAAUUAAUGAGGUUAUAUUUAUUCGACUAUAUUCUAUUGCAUAAUUUAUUAUCAAAUAUUUAUUGGGUAAAGUAAAAAACAAAACAUAUAUAAACAGGAACCCCCCUAAAACAAACAACAAACUGCAAAUAUAUUCAGCACAUAUUUUUCUCCUAUGUAAUAAACAAAUAAACUCAACAUGGUUCGCUUAAAAUUUAUACAAAAAGAAACUUUUACCUUUUAAACCCACCAACAUUUUAGCUUUAUUUUAGCAUAUAUACAUACUAACUAGAAAACAACUUUAGCUGCUCAUAACGGGUUUUUAACACCAAAUGAGAAAACCCCCAAUUAUUAACUGAAAUACCAAUAACACGUAUUUGACUGUCCGUAAAUAGAUAAUAACUGAUUACUGUUUUAAUUAAAAUAUUGGCUUUAUCUUGCUUAUCAGAGAAACCCAAUCCAGUUCUAGUUGAUAAUGAAAACAAAAUAUUCAAAGAUUAAGGAGUUACUGUUUUAAACUAUCGGCUUUACCCUGGUAAGGUUAGAAUGGCGAAUUCGCCAUUCGACCUUAGGAGGAUAAAGCCGAUAUCUUGAGACAAUAACCAUUUAUUUUAUUUAUCCCGCAAUCAUGCAUAAUACGAAAAAUAAAUGAAAUGAACCAUGAAUAUAGAAUUGUAUCUAGCCAUCAUAAUUAUUUUGUCAAGUUUUUUUAUAUAUACAUGUAUAUAUAUAUAUAUAUAUAUAUAUAUAUAUAUAUAUAUAUAUAUAUAUAUAUAGUACUGGCCGUCCUGUGAUUGUCCAUUAAUUAAUUGUAUAUUUAAUAAAGACCUUCAACUAUAUCAUAAUCAUUGUAAAGCUCUGCACACAUUCCUUUCAUAAAACAUAGGUGAAAUGUUUACAGCAAAACACCAAUUUCAAAACACGACAUUGCUACUUUUAACUGGAAAAGAAGACUUUCCUUGUCAAAUAUCUAUUAUUUGUGCCUAUUAAAUACAAUUUACAUGUAUAUACCUUAGUAACACGUAUAAGCACUAUAUUUAAAGAAUAUUGGACGUUCAAGAGUGGGUUUAUAAUCAACGCCAUUUCUAGGAAAGAAGGUAAAAUUAGUUGAAUAUUUAUAUUUAUGCAUUUUUAAAUCUCGUUAUAACCUAAGUAGCAUCUCUAUGUUUGUGUGGACGUUCAGAACAUAAAACAAAAGAAAAGUGUUUGAACUAAUUUCAAGACUUUUAAUAGCACUGACUGACUGCAGCACAUGUUUUAUAUUGUAUGGAAGUUCUACCUUUCUUGAUAUCAAACCACGUAUAGUUAGUAAACAUAGAGUGUAACAUGUUAAAGGUAGUUAAUGAGGUUAUAUUUAUUCGACUAUAUUCUAUUGCAUAAUGUAUUAUUAAAUAUUUACUGGGUCAAGUAAAAUAUAUAUAUAUAUAUUAUAUAAAGUCAACAAAAGAAAGAAAAACAAACAACAUACUGCUAAUAUAUUCAGCUCAUAUUUUUCUCCUACAUAACAAAGAAAUAAACUCAACAUGGUACACUUAAGAUUCUUAUAUAAAAAAAACCUUUUAUUUGUUAUAACCAUUAACGUGUUAGCUUUAUUGUAGAGUAUACACUAACUAGAAAACAACUUUCCCUGCUCAUAACAGACUGCCUAGCACAUAAUUAAAAAAAUACCCUGUAACUGCAAUCAGUAAAAUGAGAAUGACUCAGUGGUUACUGUAUUAGAUAUCGGCUUUACCUUGCGUAUCAAAGGAACCCCAUCCAGUUCUAGUAGUUAGUGAAACAAAAUAUUCAGAGAUUAUAUAGUUACUUGUUUAAAGUAUGAAUUCGCUAUUCGACUGUAGGAGGAUAAAGCCGAUAUCUUAAGACAAUAACCAUUUAUUUUAUUUAUCCUACAAUCAUGCAUAAUACGAAAAAUAAAUUAAAUGAACAGUUUCAAUUCUCGACCUUUUCAUUUUACUGAGUAGUAGUGUAGCGUUCCUGGUUUUCAGUCUGUCUAUCUUUUCAUAUUUUCCUUGGUUAUUAUAUUCAGUUAAGAUUCUGAUUAUAUCUCUUACUAAUUACAUUAACAGCAUGAUCUAACUCUACUCACUUAUGAAUAUCAGGAACGUUAUUUUCUCAUUGCUACGAGGGAUAAUACAAUAAGUGUUGUGCAACCGUUUUAAAUGUUGUCGGCAGAAGUCCGUGCAAGAGUGUGGCCUGACUGAAUCAACCAAUCAGGUUUGUCAAGUUAGAUUAUUUUUUGACGCACGUUAUUCAUCCCCACUUGCGCUCGGGUUGUUUUUCUGUGAGGUUAGUUUUUGUGUGCUGUGUUGUUUUUCGUUUUAUAUAUAUGUAAACAUGUUUGCUUCCAUUCCUAGCUGUCUGCCCAUUUAUACAUACGUUUAACCAAUGUAUAUCUUAUAAGUUUCGGUUAUUAAAAUUAUAAAUUAACUACGUAAAGCGAGUCAGGCAAUGACCCGUGUUACGUGUAAGGUGUAAUCGUCCCAUAUAAUAAUUCCAUGUUUUUACCGUGCACGAACUGUCCGCUUAAUCGUUUUGGCUGAGUUAGAGAAUGGACGACCCGUCUGAAUAAAUUAAACCUGAUUAAAUUAGGAUCUCGUUGAUUUUAAUAAGCGGUCUUCGUCAUUGUCGAUGGUUUGUAACCCCAUUCCGAAUAAGUGAGUCCUAAUUAUAUGGAUUAACGACUACUUUAAUAGGAUGUUUUGGUUAAAAAUAGCUUUGAAGGGGGCUGUCCAAUAUAUAUGAUUUAACGGAGUUCGCGUACACCGGCAUGGAUGGGUAAUCGUGUACGGUGUAGAGCCUAAUUAUUUGGUGUGUGCUGUCCUGCAGAUAUAAAUUUAAUUCCGCGAAUAUUCUCUUCGUCGGGAUUAUCCACGACACAUUCAUACACAACCCUAAAUAUAAAUAUUUAUUUGUAUGGAUAUGUGGGUGUAAAUUUAUUUAUUUAGUGGUAUUCAAUUCAUAUAUGGAUCUUGGAGGACUACCAUACAUAUUUGUUAUUUGUUUGUACUCGAAUAAAUGUGUAAUCU